AUGGUUUUAAUUGAAUUUGGCUUGAGUUGGAAAGAGUUACGUUUGGUUGUGACUGCGCCCCCAGGUACUGGAAAAUCUUACUUAGCAAAAGCUGUAGCAACGGAAGCAAACAACUCAACAUUUUUUUCCGUCUCAUCGUCCGAUUUAGUAUCAAAAUGGUUAGGUGAAUCAGAAAAAUUAGUAAAAAAUCUAUUUGAAUUAGCCCGACAACACAAACCGAGCAUUAUUUUUAUCGACGAAGUGGAUUCGCUGUGUUCGUCUCGAUCGGACAACGAAUCUGAAUCGGCCCGGCGCAUAAAAACCGAAUUUUUGGUGCAAAUGCAGGGCGUUGGCAACGAUAACGAUGGAAUAUUGGUUUUGGGGGCCACAAAUAUCCCGUGGGUUUUAGAUUCGGCGAUUCGUAGGCGUUUUGAGAAACGAAUUUAUAUCCCACUUCCUGAAGAACCGGCUCGACUUACCAUGUUUAAAUUACAUUUAGGUAACACUCCGACGCAUUUAACGGAAGAAGAUUUAAGAGUUCUUGCUAAAAAAACUGAGGGUUAUUCCGGAGCUGAUAUAAGCAUAGUUGUUCGUGAUGCCUUAAUGCAACCAGUUCGAAAAGUUCAAACGGCAACUCAUUUUAAAAAGGUUCGAGGUCCAAGUCCGCGAGAUCCCAACGUUAUUGUAGAUGAUUUAUUAACACCAUGUUCUCCGGGAGAUCCCGAUGCUGUUGAGAUGACUUGGAUGGAAGUUGAAGGGGAUAAAUUAUUAGAACCACCCGUUAUAAUGAAAGAUAUGUUAAGAUCUUUAGCGACUUCUAAACCAACUGUAAACGAUGAGGAUCUUAAAAAAUUGACGAAGUUUACUGAAGAUUUCGGCCAAGAAGGAUAAAAACGUUAUUAAAAUAAAAAAAAAACUUUUCAGUGCUUUGCUUAAA